AGUCGCAGCCUCAGACGCGCGGGCGCGAGGGACAGCGCCGGGGCCCGCUGGCCGGGGCAGCUAGAGGCGACCGCUUGGUCAAACACGAACGACAUCCUCGCUUCAUGGUCCUGGGCAGUUGCCCCCAGGCUGAGUGGAGGGCGCAGCGCGAGAACGAAUUUGUGAUAUUCUUCACUGGCACUCUUUAAUUCUGUUUGCUGAAGACUGACCAAAGCUGCUCCCAGCCGUUGGCAUCAUCCCAAGAAAAGGAGGGCUUCAGAAGUCAGGGGAACAUUUGGGAGGCUCUUAGCCCAGUGGACUUUCUGAAGAGCAAUACUAAGAUGACUUUUGGUUUAAAGAUUUAAAAGGAAGGACAGCAUCUUCAGAUAAGAAGACCUUCUUCAAAGUUCCCUGCAUGAAAAAUUAUUUAAACAUUGCACACAAAUCUUUUGUGAAAGAAGAAAAGGAAAUUCAGCUCGUGGGUCUCAGCAGGAGUGAAGCAAAUGCUGUUUAAAAUAAUGUUGAGAAAGAAGCGCUUAUCUGCAGGCAGAGUGCCCCUCGUUAUCUUCCUGUGCCAGGUGAUUAGUGCCCUGGAAGUCCCUCUUGAUCCAAAACUGCUUGAAGACUUGGUACAACCUCCAACCAUCACUCAACAGUCUCCAAAAGACUACAUCAUUGACCCUCGGGAGAAUAUCGUAAUCCAGUGCGAGGCCAAGGGGAAACCUCCUCCAAGCUUUUCCUGGACACGUAAUGGCACUCAUUUUGACAUAGAUAAAGACCCUCUGGUCACCAUGAAGCCUGGCUCAGGAACGCUCAUAAUCAAUAUUAUGAGUGAAGGCAAAGCAGAGACCUACGAGGGAAUCUAUCAGUGCACAGCGAGGAACGAACGCGGAGCUGCAAUUUCCAAUAAUAUCGUGGUCCGCCCAUCCAGGUCACCAUUGUGGACCAAAGAAAAACUUGAGCCAUUGACACUUCAAAAUGGUCAACCUUUAGUACUUCCCUGUAGACCCCCAAUUGGAUUGCCACCAGCUAUAAUAUUUUGGAUGGAUAACUCUUUUCAAAGACUUCCGCAAAGUGAGAGGGUUUCCCAAGGUCUGAAUGGAGACCUCUAUUUUUCCAAUGUCCUCCCAGAGGACACCCGUGAAGACUACAUCUGUUAUGCCAGAUUUAAUCAUACUCAAACCAUACAACAGAAGCAACCGAUUUCUGUGAAGGUGAUUUCAGUGGAUGAAUUGAAUGACACUAUAGCUGCUAAUUUGAGUGACACUGAGUUUUAUGGUGCUAAGUCAAGUAGAGAGAGACCACCAUCAUUUUUAACACCACAAGGCAACACAAGUCACAAAGAAGAAUUAAGAGGAAAUGUGCUUUCACUAGAGUGCAUUGCAGAAGGCCUACCUACCCCAAUUAUUUACUGGGUAAAAGAAGAUGGAACACUACCUAUCAACAGGACAUUUUACCGGAACUUUAAGAAAACCUUGCAGAUCAUUCAUGUUUCAGAAGCAGACUCUGGAAAUUACCAGUGUAUAGCAAAAAAUGCAUUAGGAGCCAUCCAUCACACCAUCUCUGUCACAGUGAAAGCGGCUCCAUACUGGAUCAUGGCACCUCAAAACCUUGUGCUGUCCCCAGGAGAGGAUGGGUCCCUAAUCUGCAGAGCUAACGGCAACCCCAAACCCAGAAUUAGCUGGUUAACAAAUGGAGUCCCAACAGAAAUUGCUCCUGAUGACCCUAGCAGGAAAAUAGAUGGUGAUACCAUUAUUUUUUCAAAUGUUCAAGAAAGAUCAAGUGCGGUUUAUCAGUGCAAUGCCUCUAAUGAAUAUGGAUAUUUACUGGCAAAUGCAUUUGUAAAUGUGCUCGCUGAGCCACCACGAAUCCUCACAUCUGCAAACACACUCUACCAAGUCAUUGCAAAUAGGCCUGCUUUGCUAGACUGUGCCUUCUUUGGGUCUCCUCUGCCUACCAUUGAGUGGUUUAAAGGCACUAAAGGAAGAGCUCUUCAUGAAGACAUUUAUGUUUUACAUGAAAAUGGAACUUUGGAAAUUCCUGUGGCCCAAAAGGAUAGUACAGGAACUUACACUUGUGUUGCAAGGAAUAAAUUAGGGAUGGCAAAGAAUGAAGUUCACUUAGAAAUCAAAGAUCCAACAAGGAUCAUUAAGCAGCCUGAAUAUGCAGUUGUGCAAAGAGGGAGCACUGUGUCCUUUGAAUGCAAAGUGAGACAUGAUUACACCUUAAUCCCUACUGUCACAUGGCUGAAGGACAAUGGUGAGCUGCCCAAUGACGAAAGGUUCACUGUUGACAAGGAUCUCUUGGUGGUGGCUGAUGUAAGUGACGAUGAUGGUGGAACCUACACGUGUGUAGCCAACACAACCCUGGACAAGGUUUCUGCCAGUGCUGUGCUCAGUGUUGUUGCUCCUACUCCAACUCCAGCUCCCAUUUACGAUGUCCCAAAUCCUCCCUUUGAUUUAGAAUUGACUAAUCAACUCGACAAAAGUGUUCAGCUGUCAUGGACACCAGGCGAUGACAACAAUAGCCCUAUUACAAAAUUCAUCAUUGAAUAUGAAGAUGGAAUGCACGAGGCAGGACUGUGGCACCACCAAGCUGAAGUUUCUGGAACGCAGACCACAGCCCAGCUGCAGCUGUCUCCCUAUGUGAACUACUCCUUCCGAGUGACUGCAGUGAACAGCAUUGGGAGGAGCUUGCCCAGUGAGGCAUCCGAACAGUAUCUGACGAAAGCCGCAGAACCAGAAAAAAAUCCCACAGCUGUGGAAGGACUAGGAUCAGAGCCAGACAAUUUGGUGAUUACGUGGAAGCCCCUGAAUGGUUUUGAAUCUAAUGGUCCAGGCCUUCAGUACAAAGUGAGCUGGCGCCAGAAAGAUGGCGAUGAUGAAUGGACAUCAGUGCUGGUGGCAAAUGUAUCCAAAUAUAUUGUGUCUGGAACACCAACUUUUGUCCCAUACCUGAUAAAAGUUCAGGCCCUGAAUGAUGCGGGGUUUGCUCCGGAGCCAGCUGUGGUCAUGGGACAUUCUGGAGAAGACCUCCCCAUGGUGGCUCCUGGGAAUGUACGUGUGAAUGUUGUCAACAGUACCCUGGCUGAAGUGCACUGGGACCCAGUACCUCUGAAAAGCAUCCGAGGACACUUACAAGGCUAUCGGAUUUAUUAUUGGAAGGCACAGAGUUCAUCCAAAAGAAACAGACGUCACAUUGAGAAAAAGAUCCUCACCUUCCAAGGCAGCAAGACACAUGGCAUGCUGCCUGGGCUGGAGCCCUUCAGUCACUACACACUCAACGUCCGAGUGGUCAACGGGAAAGGGGAGGGCCCGGCCAGCCCUGACAGAGCCUUUCACACUCCAGAAGGAGUCCCCAGUGCACCCUCCUCUUUGAAGAUUCUUAACCCUACACUGGACUCUCUCACUUUGGAAUGGGAUCCACCAAGCCACCCCAAUGGCAUUUUGACUGAGUAUACCUUAAAAUAUCAGCCAAUCAACAGCACACAUGAAUUAGGCCCUGUGGUAGAUUUAAAAAUUCCUGCCAACAAGACACGCUGGACUUUAAAAAAUUUAAAUUUCAGCACUCGAUAUAAGUUUUAUUUCUAUGCACAAACGUCAGCAGGAUCAGGAAGUCAAAUCACAGAAGAAGCAAUCACAACUGUGGAUGAAGCUGGUAUUCUUCCACCUGAUGUAGGUGCAGGCAAAGCAAUGGCAAGCCGGCAGGUGGACAUUGCGACUCAGGGCUGGUUCAUAGGUCUGAUGUGUGCUGUCGCUCUCCUUAUCUUAAUUUUGUUGAUCGUUUGCUUCAUCAGAAGAAACAAGGGUGGUAAAUAUCCAGUUAAAGAAAAGGAAGAUGCCCACGCAGAUCCUGAAAUCCAGCCAAUGAAGGAAGAUGACGGUACUUUUGGAGAAUACAGUGAUGCAGAAGAUCACAAGCCUUUGAAAAAAGGAAGUCGAACACCUUCAGACAGGACUGUGAAAAAAGAAGAUAGCGACGAUAGCCUGGUUGACUAUGGAGAGGGGGUGAAUGGCCAGUUCAAUGAGGAUGGCUCCUUUAUUGGACAAUACAGUGGUAAGAAAGAGAAAGAACCAGCUGAGGGAAAUGAAAGCUCAGAGGCACCUUCUCCUGUCAAUGCCAUGAAUUCCUUUGUUUAAAUCAUAAGCUCUUUGCCAAUGUCCCAUUUUCUAGACUGUCUAUUGUAAGCACUUAUUUGUCAGCCCUCUCAUAGUAUAAGCAUAUGGGUAGAAAGUAUAUUUUCUGCUAUAUGUUAAUAUUAUGAGGAUAGUUACAGCAAGAACAUAACUCAAAUGAUACGUAAAUGUGAACUGGGGUACAAAGUGAAUACUUUUUCAUUCAAAGUAGGUGUUUUCAGUUUCCUCAGAACUGAUAAAAAAUAAUGUAACAUCAUCAACAGAUCAUGUUAUUUCCUCUUCAGGAUACAGUUCAAUAGGAUGCAUGAAAAAUGCUACACACUUCAAGGACAUACCUGUGUAUGUUAUUAAAACAUGGUUUGAUACUUUGUUUAUACUAUCCUCAGCUGAACCCCUGAGUAUGAAUUCCGUUUUCAUUGUCAAGAGUGUUACUGUAGUAUUCUCUAGAACUUCAAUGUCUUUGUGGACAUUGUCGUGGAAUUGGUGACUCUAUGUCUAGCUGUUGUUAGUCUUUUUGGGAGACUGUUAGGAACAGUAUGUACAGUAUAUACUUGCUAAAUGAGUUAAUUGAUGGUUGCAUUUGCUGAUGCUAACUGAGACUCUGUUACCUGCUCUUUGCUCCUCUUACUUCAUAGGCUUCCUAAUCUUCCAGGUAUUACAGCAGCACAGUGUUCUACUUCUUACAUUCUUUCCAUGUUCAGUUUUUAGGUAUAAACAGGUGUAUUGCAAUGCAUUUCAGCAUUUGUGCCAUACUGAAAGAACUAAAAACAAAUCACUCAAAUUAAAUUUCAAAAGUUAUUCCAAAAAUACACAGGGCAAGACAUAUGCAGUGCCUUCAGAUAAUAAGCAUUCCAUAAUGACUACAUUCUGUAGUACUGUCAACUCUUUCCUACAUUACUGUCAUUAUCACAAAGUAACUUUUAAAAAGCAGAGAUAAUGAACAUUGUGAUGUUGAAAAAGAAUGUGAGAAUAAAAAUAAGAAGACAGCUUAUUUUAAGGGACAUUUCCCCCAUACAUAUAAAAAGAAAAUCUUUCUCAUCAACUGGAGAUGAUUUGUGGUCUUUUAUGGUUUCUAUUCAAACAAGUCGCACUUAAUAAGAAAGAUGUCAACAUGGCAGAAAAAUGACAGAAAACAAAUUAUUGUAAAACUAAAAGCAUACAACAGCAUGCCAGCCUGUAGUGUGUUAUUCUGUAAGGCUUGGCUCAUGUGAACUUUCAAAAUGCUCCACACCAUUAAGCAGUGUGUGUGUAAAUUGCAAUGAACACAUUCCAGAAUCUGAGAAGUCUGACAAGUGCUUAAAAGGCCAGUGAUCAAGAGAGUACAUCUGCGGUUUAAAAAUAAAGAUAUAUCUAUCUUCUGUUGUGUUCAUAAACAAUACCUAUCAAAUGGUUUCCUCCAAAUAUGAAAAUCUAUAACAACCUAUGGUUGAAGGGAUGCUCAGUUUCAUCUGCCAAUAAAUUGGUUUCUGAUAACUUGCAUCAAGUUUGAUUUUAAGUAAAGCUUUUAUAUGUAGAUAUUUUGUUGAAUUUGUAAAUAUACUUAAAGUGUAGAUGCUAUAUGCUUAUAGGUGUUACAAACAAAUAAACCUGCAAACAAUGUUUAUGUUGUACUGAAUAAGAAGUAAGCUAAUUAAUGCAGUGCGUGCAUCUGGGAAGUAUCUAAAUGCCUUUUGUGCUUUCCCCCCUUUUUGCUGUGAAACUGAAAUGGUGAACUUUUCUAUGCACUAUUUCAGCAGGUUUCUGGCUGAAAUCUUCAGAGCUUUGCCUAUGGAGUACAGUAGGCUUAGUCACCUGGCAUCUUUGAAAAAUGCAGGUAAAACAUAGUUUGAAGUAAUCCCAGGUCAAGAUGGCCCUAAAUACUUUCAUGUCUCCAUGUCCCUUUUCACAGAUCAACCUAUCCAUUGGAAACACAAAACAAUAAAACGGGCUUGCCUUGACAUCAGACAGCACAAAGAUAAAAGUUACUUUCAAUUUGUCAAUGUUUAGAGAGAACAAUAAAAGUCCAGUUUUUACUCUUCAAUAAUGAUAGAAGCUAAAUUUAUCUGUGCAUGGAGUCACUUCUGUAAUAUGCAACAGAUUUUGUAUUAAAAUUAAAUGUGGUUUUAAAAGUCCCUCUCUUUUUUGUAAUUGAUGAUGUUCCUAGUGGAGUGUGAAUGUCAAGUAAUGGUGUGUGUAACAGUACAGGCAAAUGUGACUGGAUUUCCAUCAAAAAAACCUGAUUAUUAAACAGUCUUGAUCUCGUUGUGAUUUUUAACUUUUUCAA